GCAGUGCGUUUUCGGUCGGUGGAUGUGUCAGUAAGCGGGUCUUUGACGGGAGAAUUGGCGCAUCUCACGGAGCAGCCACCAGGACAAUCGGGUUAUGAACGAUUCGGCCUUUUUGCAAAAAUACCCUAUGUUUUCCCGUGGAGUGAUGCAAUCACCGUCGGUUGCAUGCAGGACAGCGAUGGGCCAUUGGUAGAUCAUACAGUUGUAUUAUUAUAAACGGGGACGCUCCUCCCGAAGCCAUAUUUGUUUUGUAUGCCAAACUGAGGCAGGGGGUGGAGAGUCGCUACAGAAACAUUGGGCUUUGGCCAAACAUCACCCUGUAUUAGUCCAUAAUUGACGUUUAGUCGUGGGUGUGCGUUCCUUUUCGUGCAAAAUUUCAGAAUUGAGCGAAUUUUGCCAGAGAAAUGCAGCUUGCUUGAGGACACCCCCGAUAUCGGUUGGCUGCUGCUGCCAUGAUUGGCAGAAGUCUCCUCUCGAUCACUGCUUCGCGGGUUGGAGAAGAAGCAGAUUGAUUUGGACCUGGUCUCAGCUGCGGAACUGCCGAUGUCGGAUGUUAUUAUCAGGGGAGCCUGAUCCUGUAAAUAUUAGAAGCGCAAACAAAGAGUAAUUCUGGAAAAACUCAGGGAAAAUGUCUUCUCGUUCUGCGUUACCGUCUGGGAACGACAGGGGCACGGACCAUCAUGUGACCCUGGCUGCCAGCCGCUCAGACAAGGGAACCAGCCUGUCCAGCCGCUCGCUGGGUGCCCGCUGCAGGAACUCCAUGGCCUCCUGCUCUGACGAGACUCCGCACAUCGGCAACUACCGCCUGCUCAAGACCAUCGGCAAGGGCAACUUUGCCAAGGUCAAACUGGCGCGCCACAUCCUGACGGGCAAGGAGGUUGCAAUAAAAAUCAUUGACAAAACUCAGUUGAAUCCAACCAGCCUACAAAAGCUUUUUCGAGAGGUUCGGAUAAUGAAAGGUUUAAAUCACCCAAACAUAGUGCAGCUGUUCGAGGUGAUUGAGACUGAUAAGACCCUUUACCUAAUCAUGGAGUAUGCCAGUGGAGGUGAAGUGUUUGACUACCUCGUAUCUCAUGGUAGAAUGAAGGAGAUUGAAGCCAGAGCCAAAUUUCGACAGAUUGUGUCUGCUGUCCACUACUGCCACAUGAAGAACAUUGUCCACCGAGACUUGAAGGCCGAGAACCUCCUGCUGGACGCCAAUGCCAACGUCAAGAUCGCCGACUUCGGCUUCAGUAAUGAGUUCACGCUGGGCAACAAGCUGGACACGUUCUGUGGCUCCCCGCCCUACGCUGCCCCGGAACUGUUCCAGGGGAAGAAGUACGACGGGCCCGAGGUGGACGUCUGGAGCCUGGGAGUCAUACUAUACACGCUGGUGUCAGGGUCGCUGCCCUUCGAUGGGCAGAACCUCAAGGAGCUGCGUGAGCGCGUCCUGAGAGGGAAGUAUCGUGUGCCCUUCUACAUGUCCACCGACUGCGAGGGGAUCCUACGCCGGUUCCUGGUGCUCAAUCCCACCAAACGCUGCACCUUAGAUCAAGUCAUGAAGGACAAGUGGAUAAACGCAGGGUAUGAUGAGGAUUCCUUGAAGCCCCAUAUAGAGCCUGUUGAGGACUACAGUGAUGCCGCUCGCAUAGAGGUGAUGGUGGGGAUGGGCUUUACUCCCGAGGAGAUCAAGGACGCUCUGCUCAACCAGAAGUACAACGAGGUCACCGCUACCUACCUAUUGCUGGGCCUCAAGAAUGAGGAUGGUGGCGAGUCUCGUUCGGCCAGUACCCAGUCCUUGGCACGGGUUCGGCCCAGCCCCAUCACCAACGGGACCAACAAGCACUCCUUGGCCACUGCAGGCUCCUCUUCCUCCUCUUCAUCCUCCUCACACAGCAAGACCCAGCGUAGCGCUUCCACCUAUCACAGGCAGCGGCGGCACAGUGACUUCUGCGGGCCGUCCAUGCCGGUCAUGCACCCCAAGAGAAGCCCCACCAGCACAGGUGACCGGGAGCUGCGGGAGGGGCGCAUGCCCCCGCGUAAGGCCAGCUGCAGCGUGAUGGGCAGUCGCUCGCUGCCACCCUCCAGUCCCAUGGUCAGCAGUGCCAAUAACCCCAACAAGUCAGAGAUCCCCGACCGCCGAAAGGAGAUGACUGCCACCACGGUGAGAAACAGUGAGAACAACAUCCCGGGAAGUGCCAUGACCCGGCGGAACACAUAUGUCUGCACGGACCGCUCCACCACCGACAGACACUCACUGCUGCAGAAUGGCAAGGAGAACAGCUCCCUGUCCCACCGCCUGCCCCCCACAUCCCCCUCCACCCUGAGCAUCUCUGGGGCCGGGGCCUCCUCCUCCUCUAGUGAGCGCUGCCGUCUGACACGGGGCUCCACCAUUCGAAGCACCUUCCACGGGGGCCAACUGAGAGACCGGGGCCCGCCCGUCUACUCGGCCCCGCCCACCUCCCCCACUCUGUCCCACCAUGACGCAAGUCCCCUGCCGCACGCCCGCAGCCGUGCCACCUCCAACCUCUUCACCAAGCUCACCUCCAAACUCACACGCAGGGUCACAAAUGAACCUGAGGGAAUCUGCCGAUCUGCGGUCACAAGGUCAGUAUAUGUCACAAGUCGCCAUUUACCUGGGCAUCAAAAAGCGUCCGAGCCCCGGGCCGUCGGACGUGGCUGGGAUCUGAGGGGACCUGGGGGGAGGCGGGACCCGGCGGAGGUGGUGCUGGCUCUGCGGGAGGCGGCACGGGGUUGCGGCUGCCAGGUCCACCAUGCCGGCCCCUUUCUGCUCUCCUGCACCCACGGGGCGGCCGGUGGUCAAGUGGCCUUUGAGGCCGAGGUGUGCCACCUCUCCACAGGGGGCAGCGCCGCCAACAAUGAGUCUUCCAACGGGGUGCGAUACACGCGACUCUGGGGGGCACCGCUUGCUUUCCGGGACAUCGCCACGCAAAUCUCAAAGGACCUCGAACUCUGAAUAUAAUGGGGGUUGAGAAGGGUGGAAAGAGAAAUAGAUAAAGGGACUUGGGGCUGCAGAUAAAUACAUUUCCUCCUGUCUCUUACGUGGCUAAAGACCUACCCCCCUCCACACCAGUCUCAACCUAACCACCCAAACCCCCCACGCCACACAGACUCAAGCAUCUCCUCCCCCCAACUUCAUCCACUGGAUCCGGACCAGAGAGAUAUCCAGCUUCAUAUUUUUUAUCGUUAACUCUAGCCAGAAUGACUAUUACUUUUAUGAUUGGUAUCAUUGUGGUUUUUAACCAUCACCACCUCCGAACCGACACUACCGAAAACAUUCUCGAAAACAUUACUUGUGUCUCGCCGUCUUUGAUUGUCUUCUGCGUGUCACUGUAUGUGUUUUUGGUCAUUCUUCUCCCAUUUGAACAUUAAUAUGGAUAGAGUGAUUAUCCAAGGACUUGUCGCCAGUGGACAACAUGCACAAAUAGGGAGACAGUUAACUCAAUGAUUUGACAAGUGGCCUGAAAAGUUGCUCUGUCUUUCAUUGUGUGCAUGGUAUGGGUGGGAUUGAAUUACUGGCAAUGACAGAGGAGUUGACAGACACUUUGAACCAGCCAAUGGUGACCUUCACAUCCAUUUUCCGCUUACAAUAUCAUCAACAGAAUAAAGUAGCAGAUAGGGAUGUUUUCUCGGACACACCAUGAAUCUUUCUCAGUAAGUCUUAUAGCAAAUGACAAAUAUAAACUGGACAGAUAUAGGUUUCAGUUCUGUAGUAUUGUACAACCCACACCGUAAUAAGCUGUUUUGUUAAUGUAUAAGAUCAGGUAGUAUACACUUUGGUACACAUCAUGCUCCAUCAGUGGCAAUAUGAAAACGUAAUCUAUGUAGAUCAAAACUGGUUCAUAGUGCUAUUUUUUCACCUUCAUACCUCUUUAGCUACCUGUUAGCUACCUGUACAUUUGGUUUCCUGCACACACCCUUCCAAAGUAAUUCCAUUGGCACAUUCCUUUUCCUGAGAAACUAUUUUAACCCUCUGAUUGGCUGGGAUCAAUGUCUGUGUUGGAACUGGUCAUUACCAAUAAUCAUAUCAAGCUGUUUUUAAGCAUUUCAUCCCAUACUUCUCAAGAUAUGAUCUAUCCCUUUUACCUUUCUUCAGCGAAGUUGAAUUCAAGUAAUGAAAGAGUUACACAGUUCCUCUGCAUAAAAUAGCCUAACUCAAUGUAUUAUGGCUGAAAGGGUGGCUGGAAAGGAAGAAAAUCCAACCGCGGUUCACUGCAGAACAUUGCGCCCUUGAAUGCCACAUGGCUUUGCCAAAAUGAAAAGCUGUCAGACAUACUAGUGAACCAAAUUUGUAACAGACAAUGUUUGAAGUACAUGAUUAUUUAAGUAUUUGAAAUAUUUUAUUUCUGUGUAUUUGAGUAAGUCGUAUAUGUAUAUAUGUAUAUAUGUAUAUGUAUAUAUAUGUAUAUAUAUGUCUAUAUAUAUGUAUAUAUACAUAUAUACGUAUAUGUAUAUAUACAUAUGUGUAUAUAUACAUAUACAUAUAUAUAUAUAGAUAUAUAGAUAUUUAUAUAGAUAUAUAAAUGUCAUAUUGCUUUCAGUGCAAUGCGAUGCAAUGCAAUUUCGUUUGAUUUCUAUUCCGUGCCAUGCCAAUUUAUCUUCAGCCAUCUCACUACAUUGAAGGUGAACAUCAAAAUCUGUUUUUUUUCUGAGGCAACUGAAACCACCCAAUCCCAUUUCCACUGUUACACACACUGGUGCCUCUACUCUGACACCCUUCAGCAUUUUGACAUUGGUGAACUUCAGAUCAAACUGGUUUUGUCUACUGCUGAUGACUAUCCCACAUGACAAAAUGCUACAGUUUACUAUAGAAUUAUGUAGUUAACUGUAGUAUACUGUAGAAUACUAUACUCCACACUGUAGUAUCCCUCGAUCAUGUGUAGCACUUACUAUAUAAUUUUGUAGUAUACUGUAGAAUGCUAUACUACACACUGUAGUAUCCCUCGAUCGUGUAGUGCUUACUAUAGAAUUUUGUAGAAUACUUAACUCCACAUUUUAGUAUCCAUUGAUCAUGUGUAGUACUAUAGCAUGUUGUAGUAUACUGUAGAAUACUAUAGUAAAUACUACAGUAAUUUCCUCAAAAUACUACAGUACCCGCAAAAAACACUACAGUGUUCUAACUAUAGUAAUUCUAGAAUAUUAAAUUGCAUAUACCUCACCCGUUCCCAUACCCCGUACCCCAAUUUGUGCCACCCAUCAUGUCUGCAAAAACACUACAGUCAUGUCUGCAAAAACACUACAGUAUAUACUACAGUACACUACAGUACACUACUGUCAUGUCUGCAAAAACACUACAGUAUAUACUACAGUACACUACAGUCAUGUCUGCAAAAACACUACAGUAUAUACUACAGUACACUACAGUCAUGUCUGCAAAAACACUACAGUAUAUACUACAGUACACAACAAUCAUGUCUGCAAAAACACUACAGUUGAAUACUAUAGUAAAGUCUGCAAAACGCUACAGUGAAUACUAUAGUAUAUAAAUAUAGUAAUACUAUAGUAUUUUUACCAUAGUAUAUUAAUGUAUUUUUUCAUGUGGGGUCGGCUACUGUGGGUUGUAGGGGAAGUGCAUAGACACGCAGAGGAGUCAUUUAGAGAGACAGAGAGAGACAUAAAGACAAUGUGACUGGGAUGCUGUGUUUUCCCUGUUGCUCCUCUUACAGUAAACCUACAUACAGUAAAAGUACAAUGUUGGAAAAUAAGAACCUCAAAAAGGCUUCCUCACCCUCCUGAUUAGAAUGAAGGAUGUACUGUGAUGUUCAUGUAGACUACAGGGACCAAGAUGUCUGCCUGGUUAUUUACUGUUAACGCUCUCGGUCUCAGUUUUGGCUUUUUGCUCAUGGUGAUUUAACCAGUCAGACCAACGUGAUCAUGUAGGGUUUGAUCUUCAUCACAAGUGUUUUUGCUGUCUGUAUGUCAGUUUGUUUUUGCAAUCCUCCUCCUGUCGUUUAUUUUUUCAAAAACACUCACAACUGUCAUUUGCUUCACAGACACGUUGUUGAAUCAUCUCUUCUGAAUCUCCUUGUGCUGUUUUGUCUGCCCCAUGACAGGAUCCCCUAUAUAGGAGAACAAUACUAGUCCACUACAUUUCACCACCCUUUACAGUACAGACAGACACACUUAUUGACCUGAAGAGGGUCAGUCCUAUGUCCUAUAACAUUGUGGUGUAUAUUAGCAUUAGGUAAUAUAGACCCCAAUGCACUUUGCUUUGACUUGAAUCAGCUCCUUCCAGUGGACCCUAGGGCCAUGCCCAUAAUGAGCCACUGGAUGGCGCCAAUGUCUUAAAUGUGAACACUUCAAUUUGUGGAUAUUUGCACAGGUACUUUUAUUUAUUUUUUAGAUGAAUAUCAUAAUAAAAAAACUGGAUUUAUAUCAGCCAGUUAAUGGCUGAAUAUAAAAUAUAUGAAUAUAGUAUAUAACUUAGCGGUCAAGGUUUAUUUAUAGCUAGAACAAGGGAAGUGCUUCUCGUUUUAAGCAGUUUCUGUCAAUGACAAUAGGGAACAAUACCAACUUGCAAUCCUGCAUGACUUCAGAGUUUGGGUUUUGGGGGUAGAAAAUGUAAUGAUUCACACCCAUAGGUGGAUGCUUUAUGAUAUAAAGAUGCUGUCAGUGUUUCGACAUGAUUAUAGACACAGAGAAACUGUACUGGGUAUUGUCCCUGCCCCCCCCCCCCUAUCACAAGUACAGAUGGCAGAUUUGGGGUAAAUUCCAAUGAUUUGACUCCUUCUAUUACUUAUAGGGAAAUUUAUUCACUUGAUAUUCCUAAAUGUAAUUCACAAAUCUCUGAAUUUCUCUACUGUAUAACAAAAUGUAAAAUAACAGAUUUUUUAAAAUUUUAAUUCCAAUGUGUUACAAUUUUACAAAUGUUUAAAUUGAGACCAUCUCUGAUGGUCAGGCACAUCUGGGGUUGGGUUGGGUUGCGUUCAAGCCAUAGAAACGUCCAUUUAAGUUUUUACAGAAUGAAAGGGAAGCAUCUGGUUGAACAUAUCCAAAGUGGUUGCUAAAGUGAAGGAAAAAAUAGUUUCCAGGUGGAAUACAAACGUAUGAAAUGCAUUUAGAAAAAGAUAGUACAAUGUGUGCUGGUAUGCCUAUAAGAGACUGUCAGUGGUAUAGAUGGUUGUUGGAAACAGUAUUAUGGCCCCAGGGGCUCAGUAUUUAAGUAAUGUGCAUUGUCAUGCUGGAACUGUUUAUUUGUUUUAACCGUUGAUGUAAUAUGCAAUAGAGGCCAAUGAGAUGGAUGAAGAGACACGUUUUGACCUGGACGCCUAAUUCUGUUCACCCAUUGACCCCUUCAGAAACAAACAAUGUGAGAUUGUGUAGCCCAAAGGCCCUGGUGCUUUUGGUCUACAGCGAAAGUGAGAAACAUGGAGCUGACGAGAAAUAAAAUUCACAAAUGUUA